AUGUCUUAUCAGAAAAAGCAGCCCACCCCCCAGCCCCCAGUGGGCUGCGUGAAGACCUCUGGCGGCGGUAGCGGAGGCGGAGGCAGCGGCGGCAGCGGCGGCGGCGACGGCGGCUUCUUCAGCGGUGGCGGCAGCAGCGGUUCUGGCUGCGGCUACUCCGGAGGCGGUGGCUACUCUAGCGGCGGCUCCGGCUGUGGCGGGGGCUCCUCCGGGGGCGGCGGCGGCACUGGAGGCUGCGGAGGGGGCUCCGGUGGGAACGUCAAGUACUCCGGGGGCGGUGGCUCCUCCGGGGGCAGCUCCGGCUGUUUCUCCAGCGGUGGGGGAGGCUCCGGCUGCUUCUCCUCCGGUGGCGGCGGCUCCGGCUGCGGCGGCGUCUCCUCCGGGGGCGGCUCUGGCUGCUUCUCCAGCGGUGGGGGUGGCUCCUCCGGGGGAGGCUCCGGCUGCUUCUCCGGCGGCGGCGGCUCCUCGGGUCAGGCUGUCCAGUGCCAGAGCUACGGAGGCGUCUCCAGCGGCGUCUCUAGCGGCGGCUCCUCCAGCGGCGGCUCCGGCUGCUUCUCCAGCGGCGGGGGCGGCGGCUCCGGCUGCGGCGGCGGCUACUCCGGCGGCGGCUCUGGCUGCGGCGGCGGCGGCUACUCCGGCGGCGGCUCUGGCUGCGGCGGAGGCUCCUCUGGCGGCGGCAGCUCCGGCUACGUCUCCUCGCAGCAGGUCACCCAGACCUCGUGCGCGCCCCAGCCGAGUUACGGAGGGGGGUCGUCCGGCGGCAGCGGCGGCAGUGGCUGCUUCUCCAGCGGCGGGGGCGGCGGGGGCUCCGGCUGCGGCGGCGGCUCCUCCGGGGUUGGCAGCGGCUGCGUCAUCGGUGGCGGGGGCUCCGUCUGCGGAGGUGGCUCCUCUGGGGGCGGCGGCAGCUCCAGCUGUGGCGGUGGCUCCUCCGUGGGGGGCUCAGGGAGUGGCAAGGGCGUCCCGGUCUGCCACCAGACCCAGCAGAAGCAGGCGCCUACCUGGCCAUCCAAAUAG